GUGUUAAAGCAUCGGAGAAAUGCGACCUGCUUUUCUAAUCAGCUGGCUUUUAAUGGACACCGUCCUCCAGACAGGUCUAGCAGCUUUGAUCCAAACCCAGCAGACCGUAUUAGCAGCAGUGGAAGAAGAUGCUCCUCUCAGCUGUCUCCUCCUGGAAACUAAAGAUGUCCAGCAGGUCACCUGGCAGAAGCUCUUCUGGAACACAGAGAGGAACAUCGGCUCCUACAGCGAGCAUUUUGGUCAAACAGUGAAUUCUGACUUUAAAGAUAAAGUUCAGUUCACAGAAGCUGGACUACAGAAUAACUCCAUAGUCAUCAGGAAUGUUACAGAGCAGGAUGAAGGAUGUUAUUUCUGUAGAUUCAUCAUCGAACCUGAUGGAGCUCAGACAGCUGGAACCUGCCUGAAGGUUUAUGAGCUGCAUGGACCCGUCCUUGAUGUCAGCACAUCAAGCUCUCCUGCAGGGUCAGUUGUGUCCUGUUCAGCCACAGGUCGACCUGCUCCCACUGUAACACUGACUGCUCCACAGCAGAACCUCAGCUUGUCCCUCUACAACACCACCAGGGUGAGCAACAGCAACGGUACCAUCACCGUCACCACCACAGCUCUGCUGUCAGCUUCCAGCAGCACACAGGUUGGAUGUUCAGUGUCAGUUCUCUCUGCUGCUCCCAGAGAGCUGCUGCGCACCGUUCCUGGACCCUCACACACGUCUGAUCAUGGUUUGGAUGAAGACUCUGGAACUCAUCACAGAGAUCUCGGCAUCGUAACAGGAAGCGUCAAAUGGAGGAAAAACCUGAAGAACAGACCCCAAAUCCUCAGAGUGAAGAACAGAUGAUGCCUAAACAGAAAACUGACAAAAAGAU